GCAAUCUCCUACGCAGUAAUCUCCCUUGAAGAGCAGAGAAGAUCGCUGCAAGUUCGUACGAUAACAGGCGAAUUUCAACUGUACAAGUAAAUUUGUGUGAAACAUAUGUUUUAGCAAUUUAGAAUUUCUCUUUGGAAUCACACACAUGAUGAAGAUGUCCGGUAUUCAAAUUGUAAUCAUCCUAGCGGCGGUAAUUACGUUGAGUAAGGCAGAUAUAACCUCCCUAGAGAUGAAGGUCGAAGGCCUGGAGAACUUGAUAUCUUCUAUGCAGACUUUCGUCCUACAAGACAUGAUAUUAAUCAAAGGCAAGCUUGCGAACACCGACAGGAAACUCGAACAACUCUUUGAUCGAAUCGACAACCUUCAAUCGACAGAACGUGUAGGAGGAAUUACCGAGGCAGACAUAGAACAAAUAAGCGCCAAGGUGGUUCAACAGGUUUCCGAACGCAUUGAUCCCCAAAACAUUGGUUCCGGGGUUUCUAAAGGAUCAGCUGCUAAACUUGAAGAUCUCGAAAACAAAGUUAAUGAAAAUCAUAAUGCCGUUAAACAAAUGGGAACGGAAAUGGCAAUUGUAUCAGACACUUUAACCAGAGUAAAACGUGAUUUUGCAAAAGAAAAACUCUCGUUGGUGAACGAAGUAAGUGCGCUAAAAGAGACUACUGCCAAUGUAAAGAAAGCUAUCGACGAUAUUUUUGUGGAUUUCAAUAAAACCAUGGUUAGCAUGGAACAUAAACAAACUGAGAUAACAACAGAACUAAAAACCGAUAUUAAAACAAUGGUGACUCAAGCCUCUGAUAAUAUCACAGAAGUUGUUGAGAUUGAAUCACUAAAGGCCACGCGUUUAUUACAAGACACGUUAAACUACUUUGGCAACAAUGUGGAGCAGCUGUCAAGUUCGAUAGCGUCUGUUUUGUCAAAUAUUUCGUCACAAAUUUAUUCUAGAGAUGAUGAGAUCAUCAAUAGACUUGAUAAUAUUUCAUCCGAAGGUGUUAACUUAAAAGGGGACCUUAACUUACACGAAAAGAAGAUGAUGUUUAUGCACAGGUUUGGUGGCAUCGGUUUAAUGGAUUUUUUACAAAUCAGUGGCUCACCGCCUGUUUGGUAUUUCCACGUGCCAAACGCCAUGGCAAGGCUUGCCAAUGUCACAAGAUACGAUACAAACGGAAUUCAGGGUCGACUGGAGGUUACUAUGAAUGGAGAGUGGGGCUCAGUGUGUAAUUACAACUUUAAUCCGGGUGGAAAUUUAACCCAAGAAAUAGAUGAAGAAACUGUUGCCUGUAGGACCCUGGGCGCGGGGUUCACCAAAGGGCUGGCCCAGCAGAACACUCCGUUUGGGCAGAGUACGGGACGAGUGAUGAUGCGUAAAAACUGUGAUGGCCACGAACAUUCAUUAUUUGAUUGUAGUGACCAAGGCGAUCCAACCACUUGUGGGCAUGCAGGGGAAGUACACUUGCGUUGUUUUGAAUGAAGUCUAGGACAGGAAACUGGACGUUUGUUACUUGAGUCAAGACUGUGAGAUUAUUAGUGAUUAUAUGUUUGAGUGUAGAGACCAUGGCGACCAGAUGUUGUGGAAAUGACUCUCUGUGAUGUUUUUGAAUGAAUGUUUAAGUAAACCUGCAUGGAAUUGACUUGUGUAAGAAACAAGGUGUUUAAUAAAUUAUUAUACGAAUAUUUGGACCUGAUAUGCGAAUGAAACAAGUUUUAACGUAUAUCAUAGUGUAGACAUAUUUAUUUCAACAUAAGCAUUGUACUGCUAUACCAUAUGUUGUACAGUAAUAUACAUGAUACAUUGAAACGGACUAAAACGACAGCAUAACUUAUAAAUGCUCUGGGUGUUUUAUUACUCACAUGACUCUGCCUGUUUCGAGUGUAGUACAACACUACAGGUGUAAAGUAUAGCCAUAGCGUAGUUUCUUACAUAAAAACAUUAACUUCAUUUAGGCCUGUAAUUUUGCGUCAAAUAAUUUGCUGAAAAAUAAAUGAAAUAUGCAUUUUGGGCGACGAUUGUGUCAUGUGAUAAAAGUUAUGUCUCAAUGUUA